GACCGCACUGCUGCGAUCAGGAAGGGUCCACUGGCAACAACAAAUAUGGAGUCGACUCCGUGCAGCUUCACCCCGGAGCGAUACUGGACGGAGGAAAAAGAGAGGGCACUCAUUACGUUUUUUGCCAGUAAGUCAGACUGUCCAUCAUGGUUAUAUUCUUUUCCACAAAAGCAGCCUUUCUGGUCGAUGUGUUGUCGGAAAGGGCAACAUUGCAGGCAACCGUUGCUUUAAGGAACCGAGCAACAUAGACGGUUAAGAGCAAUGGCGACGAGCAACCGAAGUCAACUUAGCCAGUAUCCUCUAAAAAUGCGUCAGAUCGUCAGCUUUACCAUAGUUUGUGUCCUCAAUCUGCAUGUUUGAUAAUAAAAUAGUAAAUGAACAAACUUUGUGCCUUUAUCUGGAUGUCUGCAGUCAUUUCAGUAGGCUGAGAGACAUUGUUGACACUGUAGUUGGAAACGUUCAUUCUGAAACAAUGGCACACCUGGUUACAGUUCCUCUAAAGAUGAUUAUAAUAAACUCCUACUGCUCCAGUUCACUAAAAUAACCCCGUAUGUACAGUAUAUUCCUAAAACACACAUCCACACACUGAAAUAGAACUCUCAGUGAAAGUUAUCUGAGUCCAAAAAGCCCCUCUUAAUUCCCACUGUCCCCCAAUCCAGCCCUCUUAAAUAACAACUAAGAUUACAUGACAUUAAAUUUCACUGUGUUCAUAUCUCUCACUAAUGUUUCAGUUUCACCCCAAUAUAAUAGAUGCCAGUGCAGAGACAAAUCAAAAACACAAACUUUUCUAAAGCCAUUGUGCAAAUAAAUCAUAAAAUUUCAUCAUAAGCUAAGCCAUUUAAACUCUAGAAAACCUAAAAUUAAUUAAUUGCUUAAUGCAAGUCCUACAAUUUGUCUACAUUUGUUUACUGAUGACUUUUGUUGUUGUUACAAUGAUAAACAGUAACUGCAAGAAUCUUUAUCUUUUAAAUGUUAGAGUAAGAGGUAAAAUGCGUGAUUAAAAAAGUCAGAGGUGCUACUGUGUAAUGAUACGUGUUUAAGUAAAAGUAAAACAAAUGCUCGGACACUAUAUUGAAUAUUUCAACAGUACUGUAGCUGUCAAGUAUCUUGUUUUUCUUCUUUCCUAGAACACAGCUGUCUGUGGAACCACAAGUCAGAGGGCUACAAGAAUCGACACCUGCGAUGGAAAACACUGGAACAUCUGAGAAUCCUCCUGUCUGCUCACCCUCCACCUGUUCGAUUUACAGGUAUGGUUUUGCCUUUCUUAUAUUUUACCUUAAUUUCACCUUUGUCAUAUUUAUUUGUAUAGGGACAAGUGAACCAUUACCACAUACUACAGCUUGAAGCUUGAGCUAAUUUGCAAUGCCCGUCUUUUUGUACAUGGAUGUAUUUUUCAGUCUUUCAUUUAAGAACAUAAACAUGCACCAAGGGUUCCAUUGUAGCGUUGCGAUAGCAUCAAAUUUGCUAUUAAACCCUUAUCUGAGUAUUGCCUGUCAAAACAUGAAAUUGACACAUCUUCACAAUUUGUUAACUUUCAAGAACAUUGCAUUUUAAAAACUUUAAAUAUACCAAAAUUAGCAUGGUUUUGUGGGUACUGCAAAAUAAAAUUUGAUUGGCAGUUAUAAUGAUAUAAAGGUUGUUAUUUGAAGUCAGUGUAACAGAAAUGAGCCUCACUAUAUAAAGCAUUUCAGAUUGAAAUAUUCAAGAUUGUGUUCAUGGAUAUAUCAUGAAUAUAUUUAUAAAGCGGUCAUUCCUUAAAGACAGAUUAGAUUAAAACCCCAAAUUAAGAGUACCUGUUGAUUCUGUAUUAAUUCACAGUUGAAGACAUAAAGAACAAGUUCAAGAACCUUCGCACCACCUUCCAGCGUCAGUACAAGAUGGUGAAGGCAAGCAAGGCGUGCAGGUCUGACGACGUCUUCGUGCCGCAGUGGAAGCACUUCCAGCAGCUCAUGUUUCUGCAUGAGGACGGUCUCGACCGGCUGCCAUCCCCACUGAUAGUCUCGCAGGAGGAGAGCAAGCCUGUCCACAAACCCCUUGGACUCAUCACCGCCUUCCUCCCAAGUCAGAUGAUUUCCCCAUCCCCAUCCUCCUCCUCCUCAUGUGUCCCCUCCAACAACAUGACAGUGAAAUGUUUCUGGAAUGAAGAGAGGGAGCGAGCACUCAUAGCGUUCUACUCUGGUAAACAAAACGUCUUUCAGAUGCAAAAUAGUUUUUAUAACCUCAAAGGGAGUCUCUGGACUUAAUCUAAUGAUAGUUUGAUUUCAUACACUUACAGAUUUUUGUUGUUGUUGUUGUUUUGCACAGAUCAUGGUUGUCUCUGGAACAAGAAAUCUGAAGACCACAACAACCGUCAGCUUAGAAUGAGGCUGCUGGAGGCUUUGAGGAGCCAGCUGUCUGACCACACUGUGCCCUUCUCAGGUAAGAAUCACCUGCUCCCUGCUUAAAUGAAGGUUACAGCUCAACACAGCAAGAUCCUACCAUAGAGAUGGACAUACCUAAAUGUUAAACCAACUAUACUGUGACUCGAUUUAAUUUUACAGCGCGACAAAAAGACCCCUACUACUAUCUGAAUCACAGAACAAUCAGAUCAGAGCUUCGAGAACUUGAUUGUCCUCUGUUGAUGUUUUACAGUUGAAGACAUAAAGAACAAGUUCAAGAACCUUCGUACAGUUUUUAAUCGGGAGUAUAAGGUGGUGCAGGCGAGUAGGGGGUCUGACAAACCGUACAUGUCCAAAUGGAAACACUACCAGCAGCUGCUCUUCCUCUGUGAGUCCUGUGAUGAAGACGAGAGUCAGGAUGAUGUGCUGAUACUAACACCACCAGAGGACAAGGAACUGGACUGUGGAAACCAAACGCCCUCCUCCACCCUGAGCAGCCUCUCCUCCAGCUCCACGCAUGCCAACAGCAUCAGGUUCAACAACCCCUACAGCAACUCCAAAGCCAGUCCCAGUCCAGUGUAUCAAGUCUUCCUCCCUGAGAGUCCGGAUAGUGUCAAAAUAGUGAACCAAACAUCUGCUGCAGCUUUUCCCAUCUCUCCAUCCACCUCAUCCCCAGACACUAAAGCCUCCACAGACCCCUCAGCCCUGAACGCCCCUUCACUAAGUUCAGCUCAUCCAGACAGCAGACUGAGCUCUGAUGCCCGCUGCCAGUGGAAUGAAGCCAAAAUUCAGCAGCUCAUUUCAUUUUACGCUGGUGAGUAGAAUGAUUUAUAACUCAGUCACAGGCUGAGUGAGAAUCUGGUUUGAUAGUAUAGAGGUGAAGCCAAAGAAACAAACUUUAUCACCUGUUUUCACCUUUUUUUUUAUAGAGCACAGCUGUCUAUGGAACCACAAAUCAGAGAGCUACAGGAACAGACUACUUCGACAGAGUCUGCUGGAGAUGCUGAGCAGCAUCCUGUCUGAGAACCACCCUGUCCCAUUCACAGGUAACACUGAGGCUGAAACACUGAGUUUUUACUGGCUUUGGUUGAAACAAGCCUGUGGAGACUCUCAGCCAGAUGUUGCCUCCAUCUCCACAGGCUCGUUUCAGGGAGCGAUACAAAUCAGCCUUGAGAACCUUGAACCAGAACACUUUUAUAUACACUGAAGUCUUGGAUAUAAAGCCACCAGACUGCUGAAAAAUCAAUGCAGAGGGAUUCCAAAGAAUGAUAAAGCCGACUGGAUCUGCACACCAGAAACUUCUGUGUCUCUUAGGUUCAAGUUUAAAUUUACUCUCAUCCUUUUUGCAGUGAUUCCAUUAAAGUUUGAAUCUCGUUCAAUGUGAGUGAGUGAGAUCUGAUCUAUUCUAACCCAAAAGUCCUCAAAAACUGAUAUUGAUGGACCACUACUCUUAUUGUUCUGUAGCUACACAACAGAAUCAGUUAUAUCUGAAAUGUUACUAUGGGAAAAUAAAAUUUAGGGAAAAAAAAACUUUAUCAGGAAAAAUCCAAAUCUUUUAGCAAGUUAAUUAAUAAUUGAUUAUUAAAAUUUACAAAAACAAAAAUCCAAACAUUGGAUUUCCAUCCCUAAAUUAAAUGGUUUCAAACAGUUCUCCUGGAGUUAUUCUUUCUGUGUUGAGGCUAACAGUUAGUGUUUUUUAUUUUCAGUGGAGGACAUAAAGACAAAGUUCAGAAAUUUACGAACAAUCUUCCAGCGUGAGCACAAAGCGGUGAGCUCAAACAAAACCUGCGGCUCAGAGGACUUUUACCUCCCAAAGUGGAAACACUACCGUGAUCUGAUGUUCCUCUGUGACUCCUGUGACGAAGAUGAACGACCUGAUGAGCUCCACUUCAUCCAACCGCAGGAUUCCCGCCUCCACCACCUGGACAACCAAGCCCCGCCUCCCUCCAUACACUACCAUAACUCUACCCAGACUGCUGCCAAACUGAUCAUGACAUCACGGACCGUGGAGGCCCCACCUUCUCCGACUCCCCCUGACUCUCAGCGCUCUUCCCCCUCCUCCUCACCCUGCACCUCCCCCUCCUCUCGGACUGACAGCAGAGUGUCAGGACGUAAACGAGUGAGCCGCUCAUUAUCUAUGUCCAAUGAGGUUCUCGAUUUCAUGAAGACAUUGUGUCAAAGUCAGACGAUGUCACCACACGCUGGCUUCCUGAAGUACAUAGAGGAGUGUCUGAAUGAGACGCCGCCGGAUAAAGUCAAGAAACUGAAGAAGAAGAUAAUCGAGACCAUCCACAGCGCAUCAGAAGACAGUUAGUCUCUCCUUCACAGACUCUUAUCUCCUCCUGAAACAAGAUGACGCCAGCUGUCAUCUUAUUUCAAAGUGGACCUGCUUAAGAACCUGUAUGAGAUACGCUUUACCUUCUGGAGAGCACCUUGAUUCAAACAUGACAUGUUAGCAUGCAAAAGGUUAGCAUCUUCCUCCCAGCAGAGGCAUUAUGUUGUGAACCAAAGUAAGUUUUUAUGUGUUGCUGGUGCAAACAGGGACACUAGGGUCCUUUUAUUAUUGUUCACUUUGAUCCAGUGCAUUUGCAUUUCUUAAAAUAUUGUAUGUGAAUUAUUUAUGUUAUUGGAUGGUUAUUUACUCCAAAAGCCUGCAACAAGUUUCAACAUCCAGUCCUGUGGUAGUUUGAAUGUACCAGGGUCUAAAAUGUAAGGGUUUUUGUCACUUUUAACCUGUCAAAGGACAGUGAAACAAAUGCCUUCCACCUGUACCUCUGUAUUUGUCACCAAAACAGGUUUCAAAAUGUUACAUUGAACGAUCCGAGGUUGAUCAAAUUUAAAAUUUGAUUUUCAUUUUCCCUUUCUUAGUACUGUUACGUCCUCUAUAUAUCAGUCUAAAAACGUUACAUGAAGCUGGAUUUUAUCAGCCAUUAGUUUGAGUCUCAUUUUUAAACACAUUUCAAGCCUGUACGUUUUCUUUAUCUUUCAAAAGAAUCUAUGCAUGUAAAGACUUCAAAAUCUGAAUGUUUUUGUUUCGUUCAAUGUGUGAAGAUGAGCUUUAAAUGAAAGCAAACCUUCUGAAGCAAUAAUCUUUAUUCUCAAGCUCUAUAACCGAAGCUGUAAUCGUCUUUAUUUGGUUAGGAUCUUAAAUUGCACACUUACACAAUAAUUUAUAUUUGUUUUAUUUGUUGUUUGCACGUCUUUGACCUUUAAGUGCCUUAUCACUAUAACAGUUACUUUAUUUUUUGCUGUACAUGCGCAGGAAUUGUGUUCUCACUUUUGACUUUAUUUGAACUGAUUUAAGUGCAUAAAAUUUAAGAACAAGCAGAAA